AUAAAACUUGUCUUAAUAGUGUGUUUAAAAGCCUAAAACUUACAUUUUCAUUAUUAUUUUUAUUUCCAUUUUUCAAGAAUGACCAUGCCAGUACGAUGUAAGACACCACAUGCGACGCCUCCUUUGGGUCAGUACAUAUCCGAGCCUGUGAACACGAUCGUCCGAAGUCCGAAUGGAUGCAACCAAGGUCAGGUGAUCACCUCUGAGCUUAACCUUAUGGAAAUGACCGAGGUUGAAUACAAACACCUUCAGGACCUCAUUCAAUCCCAUAUGGAAGCUCAGGACGUCCCUGUAGAGGUCCAGAUAAAUCCACCAUCAUCUACUCCGGACGGCGAGAGUGAAAAGAGCUCCAAGGUGUGUCCGUCUCCAUACACAUCACCUGAAAGUCAGCCAGAUGCAUCUUCUUCAUCCUCUUCGGCUUCAGUGUCUAGUAACCAAGGAUUAGAAGACAGUAAGGAGGUUAAUCUGCUGCUUUACAGUGAUCCGAGUAACGUGAAUAGUUUACGAGAUAGCACUCCCCUCUGCAAAGGUGAGGUUCCCAGCGCUGUGAUGGAGAACAUCAGGUGUGUCAGGAAGGGAGCGAGAAAGAGAAACCGAAGGGUCCAUGCUCACGGCUCAAGACUUCACACACGGGCACGGGUUUGUCUGGAGAAGAGAUUUAUGUCGCUGCUCUGCAACUCUAUGGACAUGACAGGUAUCGCAGUACAUUCACAGCUGGAAGAGAGUCCUAAAGCAGAGAUGACUGCUGCAGAAGGCUGUGCUCACACAGGGAAUCAAGGUGAUUUCUCUCAGGAUGACAGCAAACAUCCUGAAGACAUCCUAUCCAAGAACCUGGGCAUCAGUAAGACUGCUGAGUCUGUGCCAAGAUCCCCGUGGAUUAUUUUCACUGACACACCUAACGAGGAGCCGGUCAGCAGCAUGGAAAAAGAGGAAAUGCUUACAGCUGUGAAGCUAGCCAGGAGGCAUGGAGCCAGACCUUUGCAAGCCCAGGAUCCAAAUAUAAUACAGGGCUCAGAAAAACGGAAACCUGGUUGUAAAUUAGGCCAAACAACCCGACAUCCUUUAAAGGUUACUCAGCGUAAAGAGAAACACAACUUCAAUGAGAGAGAGCGCAGGAGGAAAAUCCGGCUGUGUUGCGAUGAGCUGAACAUGUUGGUGCCAUACUGCAACCGUUACACGGACACUGCCACAACUCUUCAGUGGACAACUGCCUAUCUCAAAUACAUCAGAGAGGUCUAUGGGAACUCCAUAAAACAGGAAUUUCAGAACACGUUCUGUGGGAAAACCGGUGUUCGGAUCAAGCCGAGCUGCGCUGAUGAUGCCACAGAAUGUAAGAAGUCAGCAUCAGAUGAGUGACUUAUCUGCAAUACUGCUGUAUACUUACAGUCAGCGCUAGCAAAAGAACUCAUUUUCCAUUGGUUAUAACUGUAAUUAUUUAAUCUUUGUAUUUAUUGACGAUACAUUCUGAUUUAUUGUUACUCUACACUCUAUAAAUUAAAACCGUUUUUUCUUCUAUACUAUAUGAAAUGUACAAUUCAUAAUCUCCUGACAUGCUGUCACAAAUCCACUUUAGUUUAGCCCAUAACUUACCCAUAACAUUAGACAUAUCUUUCUUUUCAGCUACAGAGUAGAUCAGUUCAACCUAUAUAUAUAUAUAUAUAUAUAUAUAUAUAUACAUCCUGACUGCCUGUGCAUGUUUAUAAUGAAUCUCUUUAUGCUCCUGUCCAAAUAUUGGUAGAUGGCGUUGUUUUUACAUAUACCAGUUCUGAAACACAGUUCAGCUUUGUGUUUACAGAAAUGUGUGUGGUGUGU